CAUUCUGUAGUGCAUCUAGUUGUUGCCCAGCAGGCACACAACAUCAUAAGAUUAGGUUAGACUUAGGUUGUGAUGUCAGGUGACAAAAAUUCAAUGUCCAGCCAACGUCUAAGGACCAAGUUAUUUUUAUGUCCAAUAAUGAAGUCAAAUGACGCUGAUAUUUAGUCGUUUUUAGGUGGUUAGAAAGUGACCAAAAUCCAAAGUCAAGCCAACAUCUUAAACCAGCAUCAUAUUGACAUAAGAUACUGGCAUUUAUUAAUCAGGUAUAGCAACCAAAAUCCAACAUCUGAUUUACGUCAUAGGGGUAACAUCCACACAUCGCCAAGCUGUAACAUUAUUAGAUGUUGAUAUUUGGUUGAUUUUGGAUAUUUACGUCAGCCUGACUUUCAGAGUUUUGACGUCAACACGAUUUUAAUUUCCAAAUAAAUUGUAACAUCCCUAUGCAUUAAGAUAAAAGGUCAAUCUGACGCCAUGUUGACGUCUUGUGCCUGCUGGGUGUUUAAGGCCAUUUUGGUCAACAUACAGUAAACAUCCGUUAUCUUCCCAUCAGUGACAUGCCUCUAAACAGUCUCUGGGUCAAUGCGAUUAAAGACUUUGGACAUCUUCUUGGACACUUUUAAUGCUUGCAAACAGUUUGUUGCAAUUCUAAAUCGCCCAUGUCUUGGGGUAUUUCAUUAUGAUGCGAUUUACCUUCUAUGUGCGAUUUGGACAGGAAUCACAGGACUGUUUUUUUCCAAUCCCCAUAGACAAAAAAAAAAAAAAAAAAUUGUAGUGACUGCAAGUUGAGGGACAGUAGUGUAGUAAAAGUACCGAUACUGCACUAAAAAUGUACUCAAUGGAAUGUAAACGUUCACAAUUCCUGAGAAAACUACUCACAGUAAUUUGAGUAUUUGCAAUGUUACUUUACACCACUGCUUAUUUCUAAUCCAAAUAUCUAAAAAGAUAUUAAAUUAAGACACAUUAUUAGUAAAAAGAAGUUUGUUAUCAAAUGUAGGAUGACAAAAUGUAAUCUAAAAGGAUGAUUUUUUUCGUACCCCAUUGGCACAUUUUUAAAGGAAAAACAUACUUAAUUUUGACCUAUUAAAUCUGUAAACACUCUUUUUUUCUUGUAUAAAAAUGCUUCUCAAUAGGAUACUUUUUAGACGUUUGGACUAGACCGCUCCAUGUAAGAAAACAACUUUUUGUACUGCAUUUAAUUCUUUAAUCAGACAAAAAGGGUCUUAUUUUCAUUAAUCAAGGUGUGUCCCAAAGUGUUCUAAUAUGUAUUUGUGACGUUUGAACCGCAUUGUCUUUUCUCAGAAUGUUUAGUGCAUAAUUGGUUAUAUUAAAGGUGUGAACGCUCGUUAUGAACCGUCUCCACCUAGAACAACCUGGGUGGUUGUGCCUACGCCUUGUACAGGUAGUUGUGUCCCAACGGGUAUGACUCAUUUGUGUGCAUAGUUUAGUUUUUUUUCCUAUUUCUUUUGAUUUUCUCCAAUCAAUCAGGAAUUAGGGAGAGGUUUAUUAUUGUUAUGUCACCCAGCCUCCAUGAAGAACAAGCAGUGAUGCUGUACCGAGGCAUGUGUUUGUACCUUAAACCUGUUUUUCCGCUCUGGAAAUGUAUUACUUGCUGCAGCGAGAGUUUCAUGAACAGUAUGAAGAGGACAGAGGUAAACACGGACUCAUCCAGUGGAAACAUCCAGUCAUUAGCAUGACAUUUUAUUACUAGACAUUGAACAAGGACAUAAAAGCUCAUAGGAUACAAGAUGAUCAUGGGAUAAUCUGGUACCUCUGCGAUUGCGCAGCUUUAAAACAGAGGGUGUGGUUAAUAAGGUUUCAGUUCUGGAGGCUUUCGUGUAAAUAUAUAUACUGGUGAAAUGGCUCUUUACCAAAGAAGCCUCUCUGACAGCCUGCUGCUUGAAGAUAAUGUCUCUGGAGAGUACACAGACCUGCACUUUCUUGAAGGGGAAGAUAUUGUUGGUGCCAGUGAUCAGCUUGAGCUAAAAAGGAAUAAACAAAAGAAGAAUGAAGCUGUGGACAUUUUGAAGUUGAUUAAUAAUGACAAGGAGUUCUCAAAGCAUGGAUUAAAAUCCAGCAGAAGUUUGGAAAAUCUGGAUAUGAAAGCUCCAGUUGAGGUGUGGAAAGAUUCAUAUGACAGACUUUACAAUGCUAAAGUCAAGAGAUUUCUAAAAGGAAGUCAAGUUGCAAAGGAUAAAAGGCAUAGCAAACAUGGCAGUGGUCAAGAGACAACUGAAACACUUGACCGCAAAAGCAAGGUAAACAUUGCAACUUUGCUUCAGAAUGCAGAUCGGAUGUGUCUCGCACCAUCUGAAACAGAAUUUGAUGAGAAAACAAGGUCAUCCAUUAGCCAUUAUGAUCCCAGGGAUUCUACAGGUGACUUGAUGAGAGCAAAGCUCAAAACCAACACUGCAAGAGAUUUUUCAUCACUUCAAUCCAAAGUGAACCUGACCAAUGUUGAGCAUGAAAUAAACCUACGGGGUGGAACAUAUACAGACUUAGAAAAAGAUGUUGGUUUUAAUACACCAGAUCGUACUUUCUCUCAUGGUCAAGUAUCUCCUGUGAUGCACCUCACAAAAGGACAUUUUAAGACCCCCAAAGCAGUGCUUAAUUCCCCUGAUAUGAAUAUGGAUGUACCAUCAGAUAAUGUCGAGAAAUCAAAAUUUAAACUGCCAAAAUUUAGCUUCUCUGGAAACAACAAUCCAGACAUCAAAUAUGAUGCAAGUAUGAAGGGGUCACCAGCCGAAGUAGCUGCAGGACUAAAUGGCCCUAACAUAAAAAUUGAUGGCCCAAAGGUUGAUUACAAAAGUUUGAAAACAGACUUGGACAUGGAUAUGCCAUCUGGAAAACCAAAAGCUGCUCUCUCAGGGCCCAAGAUGAUGACAUCUGAAAUGGAUGUGUCAACUUCAAAGUUUAAUGCAGACUGUAAUUCACCUGACAUUAAAAUUAGAGGUCAAAAACCAGGCAUGGAUGUUGAUUUACCUAAAGGUAAUAUUAAAGCUUCAAAUUUAAACCCCCCCAAUCUUGACUUGAAUGCAUCUGAUCUUAUUGUAAAGGCUCCUUCAGGACCUAACCUUAAAAUAAAGUCUUCAGACCUGAAUUUCAAAAAUUCCAAUGUUAAUGAGGGAAUUAAUGACCCUGGUAUGGAUCUGACUCUACCUCAUGCUGAUCUGAAAAACCCAAAUGACUUUGGCCUCACAGGCCCCAAAAUACAAACACCUAAUUAUGACCUAAAGACCCCUGAAAUGGAUCUUUCAACUCCCAAGCUAAAGACCGGAUUAGAUUCAACAGAUAUCAACAUUAAAUGUCAGAAACCUGAUAUCACAGACACAAAUAUUGAUUUAUCCAAGGGUAAAAUCACAGUACCAAAUUUAAAAACACCCAGUCAUGACUUCAAUGCACAUGAUUUGGACAUCAAUGCCCCUUCAGGUAAAAUAAAAAUGCCCAAAUUAAAGAUCUUUGGUAACAAGCCAGAAGGAUCCAGUCUUAAAAUCAAGUCUUCAGAUCUGAAUCUCAAAACCCCCAAAAUUAAGGGUGGAAUUGAUACGCCAGAACUCAAUCUAACUCAGCCUCAAACUGAUUUAAAAGCCCCUAACAUGGAUAUCAAAUCACCUGAUGCCUCAAAACUAAAGAUGCCUAGGCCACAUAUGAAUGUUGAUGCGAACAUUGAACAGCAUGACCUUGAUCUGAGUGCAUUAACACCCAAACUUAAUGCAGGUAUAAAAAGCCCUCAUAUUGACAUUAAUGGACCGAUUGCUGAUAUCAAGGGUCCAAAAACAGAUCUUACACUACCGAACAUGGACAUGCCUUUAGAAAAAAAGAAAAUGCCCACUUUCAAAAUGCCUGAUUUUGGUCUUUCAGCACCCAAUAUAAGAACACUUGAUGCUGAUCUGAAGACCCCUCAAAUGAAUCUGUCUGCUCCAAAGUUUAAGGGAGACUUUAAUUCCCCAGAUCUCAGCAUUAGUGGUCAUAAGCCAGAUAUAACAGCACCAGACAUGAAUGUGGAUUUCUCAAAAGGUAAAAUUAAAGGAACAAAUCUCAAGAAUCCAAAUUUUGACAUGGAUACACCAGAUUUUAAGAUGAAUUCCCCUUCAAGUAAACUGAAGCUGCAAAAAUUUGGCAUCUCAGGUAGCAAGAAAAAAGGACCUGAUCUUAAAAUCAAAUCUCCAAACUUGAAUAUCAAAAGCCCCAAAAUGAAGGGAGGAAUUGACACCCCAGACAUGGAUCCGACUCUGCCUCAAGUGAAUUUAAAAGCUCCCAACCUAGAUCUCAAAUCUCCUGAUAUUGAUCUUAAGGACCCAUCAGGUAAAUUUAAAAUGCCCAGUUUAGGUCUUUCAGGUUUAAAAGAGCCACAUAUAAAUGUGGAUGCUGGCAUAGAUCAGCCGGACCUAAAUGUGAGUCCAUUAACUCCUAAGCUAAAUGCUGGGAUAAAUGGUCCAGAUAUUGAUAUUCAUGGACCGCAUGCUGAUUUCAAAGGUCUGAAAACAGAUCUUAAACUUCCUGACAUGGACAUGCCAUCUGGAAAAAAGAAAAUGCCCAAUUUCAAAAUGCCUAGUUUUGGUCUAACCGGGCCCAAAUUGAAAACACCCGAUUAUGAUUUGAAGCACCCUGACAUGGAUCUUUCCCCUCCAAAGUUUAAGGCAGACGUUGAUUCCCCAGACAUAAACCUUGGUCAUAACAUUGAUGUCACAGCUCCAAACUUGAAUGUUGACUUACCAAAAGGUAAAAUUAAAGGGCCAGAUUUGAAGACACCUGAUCUUGACAUGAAUGCACCUGACUUUGACAUAAAUGCCCCAUCAGGUAAAAUGAAGCUGCCAAAAUUUGGUCUUUCUGGCAAGCCAAAAGGCCCAGAUUUUAAAAUCAAUUCUCCAAAGCUCAAUCUCAAAAGCCCCAAAAUUAAGGGUGGAAUUGAUACCCCAGACAUGGAUAUGACUCUGCCUCAAGCUGAUUUCAAAAGCCCAAACCUAGAUCUCAAAUCUCCUGAUAUUGACCUUAAUGGCCCGUCAGGUAAAUUGAAUAUGGCAAAACCAAAGAUGCCAAGUUUAAAUUUGUCAGGUUUAAAAGGGCCACAUAUGAAUGCUGACGUUAAUCAUCCCGACCUUAAUCUGACUGCAUCAACACCCAAACUAAAUGCUGGGAUGAGUAGUCCAGAUAUUGACAUUCAUGGAGCUGGUCUCAAAGGUCCACAAACGGACCUUACUCUUCCAGACAUGGACAUGCCAUCUGGAAAAAUGAAGCUGCCCAAUUUAAAGUUUCCUAAAUUUGGUCUAUCAGGACCCAAAUUGAAAACACCCGAUUAUGAUUUGAAGACCCCUGACAUGGAUCUUUCCCCUCCAAAGUUUAAGGCAGACUUUGAUUCCCCAGACAUAAACCUUGGUCAUAACAUUGAUGUCACAGCUCCAAACUUGAAUGUUGACUUACCAAAAGGUAAAAUUAAAGGGCCAGAUUUGAAGACACCUGAUCUUGACAUGAAUGCACCUGACUUUGACAUAAAUGCCCCAUCAGGUAAAAUGAAGCUGCCAAAAUUUGGUCUUUCUGGCAAGCCAAAAGGCCCAGAUUUUAAAAUCAAUUCUCCAAAGCUCAAUCUCAAAAGCCCCAAAAUUAAGGGUGGAAUUGAUACCCCAGACAUGGAUAUGACUCUGCCUCAAGCUGAUUUCAAAAGCCCAAACCUAGAUCUCAAAUCUCCUGAUAUUGACCUUAAUGGCCCGUCAGGUAAAUUGAAUAUGGCAAAACCAAAGAUGCCAAGUUUAAAUAUGUCAGGUUUAAAAGGGUCACAUAUGAAUGCUGACGUUAAUCAUCCCGACCUUAAUCUGACUGCAUCAACACCCAAACUAAAUGCUGGGAUAAGUGGUCCAGAUAUUGACAUUCAUGGAGCUGGUCUCAAAGGUCCACAAACGGACCUUACUCUUCCAGACAUGGACAUGCCAUCUGGAAAAAUGAAGCUGCCCAAUUUAAAGUUUCCUAAAUUUGGUCUAUCAGGGCCCAAAUUGAAAACACCCGAUUAUGAUUUGAAGACCCCUGACAUGGAUCUUUCCCCUCCAAAGUUUAAGGCAGACUUUGAUUCCCCAGACAUAAACCUUGGUCAUAACAUUGAUGUCACAGCUCCAAACUUGAAUGUUGACUUACCAAAAGGUAAAAUUAAAGGGCCAGAUUUGAAGACACCUGAUCUUGACAUGAAUGCACCUGACUUUGACAUAAAUGCCCCAUCAGGUAAAAUGAAGCUGCCAAAAUUUGGUCUUUCUGGCAAGCCAAAAGGCCCAGACCUUAAAAUCAAUUCUCCAAAGCUCAAUCUCAAAAGCCCCAAAAUUAAGGGUGGAAUUGAUACCCCAGACAUGGAUGUGACUCUGCCUCAAACUGAUUUCAAAAGCCCAAACCUAGAUCUCAAAUCUCCUGAUAUUGACCUUAAUGGCCAAUCAGGUAAAUUUAAUAUGGCAAAACCAAAGAUGCCAAGUUUAAAUAUGUCAGGUUUAAAAGGGCCACAUAUGAAUGCUGAUGUUGAUCAUCCUGACCUUAAUCUGACUGCAUCAACACCCAAACUAAAUGCUGGGAUGAGUAGUCCAGAUAUUGACAUUCACGGACCUGGUCUCAAAGGUCCAAAAACAGACCUUACAGUUCCAGACAUGGACAUGCCAUCUGGAAAAAUGAAGCUGCCCAAUUUAAAGUUUCCUAAAUUCAGUCUAUCAGGGCCCAAACUGAAAACACCAGAUUACGAUUUGAAGACCCCUGAAAUGGAUCUUUCCACUCCAAAGUUUAAGGCAGACUUUGAUUCCCCAGACAUAAACCUUGGUCAUAACAUUGAUGUCACAGCUCCUAACAUGAAUGUUGACUUACCAAAAGGUAAAAUUAAAGGACCAGAUUUGAAGACACCUGAUCUUGACAUGAAUGCCCCUUCAGGUAAACUGAAGCUGCCAAAAUUUGGGUUUUUUGGCAAGCCAAAAGGCCCAGAUUUUAAAAUCAAUUCUCCAAAGCUGAACCUCAAAAGCCCCAAAAUUAAGGGUGGAAUUGAUACCCCAGACAUGGAUAUGACUCUGCGUCAAGCUGAUUUCAAAAGCCCAAACCUAGAUCUCAAAUCUCCUGAUAUUGACCUUAAUGGCCCAUCAGGUAAAUUGAAUAUGGCAAAACCAAAGAUGCCAAGUUUAAAUAUGUCAGGUUUAAAAGGGCCACAUAUGAAUGCUGAUGUUGAUCAUCCCGACCUUAAUCUGACUGCAUCAACACCCAAACUAAGUGCUGGGAUAAGUAGUCCAGAUAUUGACAUUCAUGGAGCUGGUCUCAAAGGUCCACAAACAGACUUUACUCUUCCAGACAUGGACAUGCCAUCUGGAAAAAUGAAGCUGCCCAAUUUAAAGUUUCCUAAAUUUGGUCUAUCAGGGCCCAAAUUGAAAACACCCGAUUAUGAUUUGAAGACCCCUGACAUGGAUCUUUCUCCUCCAAAGUUUAAGGCAGACUUUGAUUCACCAGACAUAAACCUUGGUCAUAACAUUGAUGUCACAGCUCCUAACAUGAAUGUUGACUUACCAAAAGGUAAAAUUAAAGGGCCAGAUUUGAAGACACCUGAUCUUGAUAUGAAUGCACCUGACUUUGACAUAAAUGCCCCAUCAGGUAAAAUGAAGCUGCCAAAAUUUGGGUUUUUUGGCAAGCCAAAAAGCCCAGAUCUUAAAAUCAAUUCUCCAAAGCUGAACCUUAAAAGCCCCAAAAUUAAGGGUGGAAUUGAUACCCCAGACAUGGAUCUGACUCUGCGUCAAGCUGAUUUUAAAAGCCAAAAUCUAGAUCUCAAAUCUCCUGAUAUUGACCUUAAUGGCCCGUCAGGUAAAUUGAAUAUGGCAAAACCAAAGAUGCCAAGUUUAAAUUUGUCAGGUUUAAAAGGGCCACAAAUGAAUGCUGAUGUUGAUCAUCCUGACCUUAAUCUGACUGCAUCAACACCCAAACUAAAUGCUGGGAUGAGUAGUCCAGAUAUUGACAUUCAUGGAGCUGGUCUCAAAGGUCCAAAAAUGGACUUUACAGUUCCAGACAUUGACAUGCCAUCUGGAAAAAUGAAGCUGCCCAAUUUAAAGUUUCCUAAAUUCGGUCUAUCAGGGCCCAAAUUGAAAACACCCGAUUAUGAUUUGAAGACCCCUGACAUGGAUCUUUCCCCUCCAAGGUUUAAGGCAGACUUUGAUUCACCAGACAUAAACCUAGGUCAUAACAUUGAUGUUACAUCUCCUAACUUGAAUGUUGACUUACCAAAAGGUAAAAUCAAAGGGCCAGAUUUGAAGACACCUGAUCUUGACAUGAAUGCACCUGACUUUGAUAUAAAUGCCUCAUCAGGUAAAAUGAAGCUGCCAAAAUUUGGUCUUUCUGGCAAGCCAAAAGGCCCAGAUUUUAAAAUCAAUUCUCCAAAGCUGAAUCUCAAAAGCCCCAAAAUUAAGGGUGGAAUUGAUACCCCAGACAUGGAUGUGACUCUGCCUCAAACUGAUUUCAAAAGCCCAAACCUAGAUCUCAAAUCUCCUGAUAUUGACCUUAAUGGCCCGUCAGGUAAAUUUAAUAUGGCAAAACCAAAGAUGCCAAGUUUAAAUAUGUCAGGUUUAAAAGGGCCACAUAUGAAUGCUGAUGUUGAUCAUCCCGACCUUAAUCUGACUGCAUCAACACCCAAACUAAAUGCUGGGAUGAGUAGUCCAGAUAUUGACAUUCACGGACCUGGUCUCAAAGGUCCAAAAACAGAUCUUACAGUUCCAGACAUGGACAUGCCAUCUGGAAAAAUGAAACUGCCCAAUUUAAAGUUUCCUAAACUCGGUCUAUCAGGGCCCAAACUGAAAACCCCAGAUUACGAUUUGAAGACCCCUGAAAUGGAUCUUUCAGCUCCAAAGUUUAAGGCAGACUUUGAUUCCCCAGAUCUAAACGUAGAUAAUAACCUUCAUGUCACGGCUCCUGACAUGAAUGUUGAUUUACCGAAAGGUCAAAUGAAAGCACUAGAUUUAAAGAAACCAAAUCUUGACAUGCGCAAAUCUUUUCCAAGACUGGAAAAAAAUAUGCCCACAUUAAAAAUGCCAAAGUUUGGUGUUUCAGGAACAAAAAUAAAAACGCCAGACUAUGACUUGAAGACCCCUGAAAUGGAUCUUUCUGCCCCAGAAUUUAAGGCAGACCUUGAUACCACGGAUAUCAACAUUAAAGGCAAUAAGCCAGAUAUCACAGGACCAGACAUGGAUUUUGAUAUCCCAAAAGGUACAUUUAAAGGACCAAAUUUGAAGACACCCAAUUUUAACAUGAGUGCACCUGACCUUGACAUAAAUGCUCCUUCAGGUAAAAUGAAGCUGCCGAAAUUUGGCAAGCCAAAAGGCACAAAUUUUAAAAUGACUUAUCCAAAGUUGACUUUCAAAAAACCCCAAAAUAAGGGAGGAAUUGAUAUUCCUCAAACUGAUUUUAAAAGCCCAAACCUAGAUGCUGACUUGGAUCAUCCUGGCCUUAAUCUGAGUGCAUCAACUCCAAAACUAAAUGCAGGGAUAAAUAGUCCUGACAUGAAUGUUCAUGGAUUUAAUGCUGAUCACAAAGGUAUGACAACAGACCUCACACCUCCUGACAUCAACAUGCCAUCUGGAAAAAUGAAACUGCCCAAUUUAAAGAUGCCUAAAUUUGGUCUAUCAGGACCCAAAUUGAAAACACCAGAGUAUGAUCUUAAGAACCCUGAAAUCGGUCUUUCAGCUCCAAAGGCAGACUUUGAUUCUCCAGAAUUCAAUAUUAAAGGUCAAAAGCCAGAAAUCUCAGGACCAGACAUGGAUGUAAAUAUUCCUAAAAAUAAAUUUAAAGGACCAAGUUUUAAGAAACCUAAUAUUGAUAUGAAUGCACCUGACCUUGACAUAAAUUCCCCUUCAGGUAAACUGAAGCUGCCAAAAUUUAGUUUAUCAGGAAGCAAACCAAAAAGCCCAGAAUUCAAAGUCGAAUCUCAAAACCUGAAUCUUAAAACCCCUCAGAUUAAGGGAGGAAUCGAUACCCCAGACAUGGAUCUAAAUCUGCUUCAGGCUAAAAUGAAAACCCCUAAACUAGAUUUAAAAUCUCCUGAUGUUGAUCUUAAUGACCCAUCAGGCAAAUUUAAUAUGGCAAAACCAAAGAUGCCAAGUUUAAAUUCGCCAGGUUUGAAAGGGCCACAUAUGGAUGCUGACAUUGAUCAUCCAGACCUUAAUCUAAGUGCAUCAUCUAAACUAAAUGCAGGGGUAAAAAGCCCUCAUAUUGAUAUUGAUGGACCUAAUGCUGAUUUCAAGGUUCCAAAAACAGACCUAACACUCCCCAAUAUGGACAUGCCAUCUAGUAAAAAGAAAAUGCCUAAUUUUAAGAUACCUGAUGUUGGUUUUACAGGACCCAAAAUCAAUAUGCCUGACUAUGAUAAGCCAGCUAAAAUAAAUCUUUCGGCUGCAACGUUUAAGGCAGACUUGGAUUCACCAGACAUCAACUUUAGAGGUCAUAAGCCAGAUAUCACAGCACCUGACAUGAAUGUUAAUGUGCCUAAAAGCAAAAUAAAUGUACCAAAUUUCAAGAAACCUAAUGUUGAUUUGAACACUCCAGAGAUUGACAUUGAUGCGCCUUCCGCUAAAAUGAAACUUCCAAAGAUUGGCCUCUCAGAUUUAAAAGCUGAAGGACCUGAUUUUAAAAUGAAAUCUCCAAAAUUGAAAACCAAAAGCCCCAAAAUUAAUGGAGGAAUCGAUACUCCGGGAAUGGACUUGACUCUGCCUCAGACUGAUCUGAAAACUUCAAAUUUAGAUUUUAGACCACCUGAUAUUGAUGUUAAUGGCCCUUCAGGUAAAUUUAAUAUGUCCAAGUUAAAAAUGCCCAGUUUGGGUCUGUCAGGUUUGAAAGAGCCACAUUUUGAUGAUGACAUUGAUCAUCCAGACAUCCGUCUUAGUUCAUCACCUCCCAAACUAAAUGCUGGGAUUAAUCAUCCUGAUUUUAACAUUCAUGGACCUAAUGGUGAUUUUACACUUCCCAAAACAGAAAUGCCAUCUGGAAAAAUAAAAACAUCCACAUUUAAGAUGCCUGAUAUUGGUUUCUCUGGACAAAAAAUAAAGACACCCGACUAUGAUUUAAAGGCCCCUAAUUUAGAUCUCUUUAAUUCACCAGAUUUAAGUACCAGGAGUCAUAAACCUGAUUUCAGAGUCCCAGACAAGAAUGUUGAUUUUCCUAAAGGCAAAAUAAAGGCAACCAAUUUCAAACCCAAUCUCGAUGUCUACACACCAGAAUUAGAUAACCCUGAUUUUCAAGGCCUGGGGUCUAAUGAUGAUUUCCAUGACUAUACAAAAAUGCACGCCAACAACUUUGCAAUUCCAAGAGGUAAUAUAAAGGCAGGCAAAACAUAUGAUCUAGAUCCUUCCUUAAGAGACAUUAGAAUGCCAAACCAUCAGAAAUAUGGUACCUCAAAAUUCACCAUGCAGGACCCUUAUUUUGAUUUGAACAGUGGUAUGAACAUUUCAGGAAAAGCCCAGAGGCCUAAAAUGACAAGACAUCUCCCCGACUCACCCGAUGUCACAAUGGCUUUACCAACCCCAAGACCCAGAACCUCUGGAGUAGUUCCAACAUCAUCAGAUGUUUACUACAGCGAAAUGUCUGGUGCACACAGAUCAAGAGAUCAUAAAAGAACGGGGAGUAACUUUGAAAUUGAUGACAGCUGGAACAAAAUAUCAGUGCCUAAACUUCAAGCCCCAACCAGAACUGAGAAUUUGCCUGUGAGAAAUUCAAAUAUGGGAAUGAGUCCGAAGCAAAUCUCACCCCAUAGGGGAGGUGAUGCAAGAUAUUAUAGGAAAACUCAAAUGGUUCCAAGACGUCAUUACACUACUGAUGACAUUUGUUACACUUACAAAGGGAUGCCUAGAAGAGAUGGUCGGGGAAACGAGCAAAGUGACUAUAGUCGCAGACGCACAAUGAGACAUCUGCAAAUACAAGCAAUGGAUCUGGAGGUUCCAGAAAGCACGUUGAAAGGGUCAAAAAUGAAUGUCCUUAAACUAAUGUAGUAGGAUAAGUUUAAAAAAAGUGAAUGGGAAGACAUGGUUGAGCUUGUGCUUUCUAAUCAUUUUUAUCAGAACUGACAAUAGUGGGUUGAUUGCCGCAACCUUUAUGUAUAAAAUAAUUCGAGUAGAUGUCGAUUUCUUCACCUUUCCAUAAACAAUGUGUUAUACAUGUAUUUUAAAUUGAAUAGUAUCAUGUGCACUUACUAAAGAUUUAUAAAGGUUUUACUAAAACGUUUUUCUUAAUUUUUUUAACGGAGCAUGGAUAUUGCAAACUUUAUAUUUUUGUAAAUUCUACAUAAUGUUAAAGUAAUGUGUACAAUGUGGGUAAGUUAUACAUAUGUAAAAAGCUUUUUUGUGUAUUGACAUUUUUCUUCUUCUUUUUAAAGUUACUUAUCUGUUAUUGCAGAUAUUUCUGUGCCAUGAAGUAUCUAGUAAGGUACAGUAGGGGUAAUUGUUUUGAAGGAUGUAUAUAAAUAUUUGUGAAAUAUUACUGCUAACACAUUUGCACAAAUGUACAGUUGUUGUUGUUGUCGGCUGUUUUCCAACUCAAAUAAAGUAAUAUACCCUUGGCUGAGGGUUAUUUAGAAAACAUUUUUUUUAAUAAUUGUAAAAAGAAAAAAUGUGUUGUUAUAUCAAAAAUAUUUGCACACGUUGACAAAAUCUGCAUGUCAAUUAUUACAUUUUCAAAGCCAUUUAAAAGUGUGUUUUCAAAAAUCUUCAUUGCUUGCAAGUUUCAUUGUUAUGACGUAGUUCAGUAAUUUUGUGUUUCCCAAAACCAACCAGCGGUGUGAAAUACUUGAGCACUUUUACUGUAUUAUUUAAUUAGUAUUUUGGGGGAUGUAGUAUUUUGUACUUUACUGUACAAAUACUUGAAUAUAUUCCUGAAAAAACAGUACUUUUACACCUCAUAAUUGGAUUUGAAAUUAAAGUACUCAUAUAUUUACCUUAAAUUUUCUUUCAUUUUAUGCAAAUGUGUGAUUGACGCAAUUAUUUUUUAUUAAAAUUUCACCUUAAUAUCUGAAGUACACUGACCAUAAUGUAUAUAGCUUUUUCUAAAUGUAAUAUUUUUUUUUGUCAGUUUGUGUGUGUUAGCUGUCUGUUUAGUACAGAAUGCAGAAUAUUGUGUUUUGUUUGUGUGUUAGUGUUAGCUUUCUGUUGAUGGAAUGCAGAAGAUUUUGUGCAAAAAAAAAAAUCAUUCAUGAGAAUUUGUUUUUCAAAUAAUACAUUUUCUGGUGAUAACUAAUUCAUCAGGGGGGUUAGUGUCAUGUUCACUUUGUGUAGUUUCUCAGGCAUUAUCUCUGAUUAUAGUUUUACAAUUGAAUUGUAUACAGACAUGUUGUAAGCAUUGAGUAUUAUACUGUUUAUUUCACUUUGCAUUAAAAUUUCUGAUUUAA